CGAGGCAGGGGAGGAGAUGGACUUCGACGAUCUCGACGACCUCGGAAACCACGCGCCCGCCCCGGCUCGAGCCACCAAGUUCGCCCCCAGGUUCGCUCCCAAGUCCGCCAAGGCAUCGCUGAAACCCAAGCCGGAGUCGCAGCCGGAGCCGGAGCCGUCCCUGAAGCCGAAGCUCGAGGAGCCGGCGGCGGCGGCGGCGGAGCGGGUCGAUGCUCCGGUCCCGAGCAAGAAGGAGGAGGAGGAGGGAGGAGGGGGAGGAGAGGGCGAUGGAGAAGGGAAGGAUUUGAAGCCGCCGGUCGGGAUUGCGGCGGCGGCGGCGAAGGCGAAGGAGCCGGAGACGGAGAUGAAGACGGAGACGGAGCGGAAGCCGUCCGCGUCGAAUGCGGCGGCGCCGAUGGAAGUGGAGCGCAAGGCGGAGGAGGAAGCGGUGCCGAUGGAGGAGGACGGCGUCGCGGAGGACGAGGUCGUGCGCGAGAUCGACGUCUACUUCAAUCCUUCCGUCGGCGCCAAUCCCAACGCUCAGUUAUACGUGAUGCAGUAUCCGCUGAGAUCGGCGUGGCGGCCGUACGAAAUGGACGAGCGGUGUGAGGAGGUCAGGGUGAAAGCCGGCAGUUCGGAAAUCGAAGUCGAUUUGUCCAUUGAUGUUGAUUCCAAGAAUUUUGACGGGGAAUGCAAUAGCAGAUUAAUGAUGACAAAGCAGACUUUGUCAUCUUCUUGGACGCCACCCCGUGCAAGUGGCUAUGCUGUUGGUGUUUUGAUGGGCAACAAGCUAUACUUGAACCCUGUACAUGCAGUGGUACAGCUUCGACCGUCGAUGGAACAUCUUAAUCCUGGUGCCUCAAAGAAGAACUAUGUCAAGGGCGAAAAUGAAGUCAAUAUUAAAGCAGAAGAAUCGACCGAAGAAAAAUCUGCUGGUUCAUCUAAGAAGCAGGCCAAAAAAGUGGCAUCUUCCGCUGAACAAGAGACAGAUAAUAAUGAGCACUGGAUUCAAUUGGAGUACAAUAGCUCAAAGAGUGAUCUAUCGACCCAUUAUCUACAAGGAAUGACGGCAGAAGAAAAUUCUCCUAUUCCUUUCUCAAUGAAUCCGUGUGAUUAUGUUGAUUUAUUAUGUCCAGGAGUGCACAAGCAGAAGCUCAAAAUGGAUAGUGCUUCGAGAAGGAUCCUAUUAUCAACUCCACCAGAUGAGAGAAUUAGGAUGAUGCUUUGUAAGGAACCUGAAGUGCAUCGUUACAGUGCUCUAAAGUACAAUGUUCCUGAUGUUUCCGAUGAUGUCUUUCUGAGCGAAUUACAGCGUAAUGCUCUGUUGGUGCAAGGAUGCUGGGUUCCCAAGACUGCAUUGAUAUUACAAAAACCUUCUACUGAAUCUCUGGUUAAAGGUUAUCGCCUUGAUGUGUGGGCUAGAGAUUACACCCUUCUCAUGUUCAGCAAGAAGCGUGUGGUUCACAACUCAGAGCUACCUGUUAAGAAAAUACUUGCUGAUGCCAUUAAAAAGUUCCUGAUUGUCUUUGCCACUGAAAGGUCUUCCUUAGGCGAUUGGAAAUUUAAGCAGGAAACUGAUGUUUCAUUUAUGAAAAAUUAUCCAGAUAUUGUAAGCAAGCAAAAGCGAAUCUGGGAGGGCAUUGAGACAGAAAUAAUGAAAUCCUUGAUGAAACCUGAGCAAGGCGACAAAAUUGGAAGAGGCCAGGAUGAUUCAAAGAAUGCUCAAGCCAAAGUUGCCAUGGCUAGUAGAGCCGACAAACCUCCAAGUUCAGACAAAACAUCCAUAAAAGCUACAAGCAGAGUUGCCCCUGGCAGGAGAACCAUGUCAAAUGAAACACUUGAAGCUUUGCCAAAGGCUUUGCUGAAAAUCUUUCAGAGUCACAAGGUUUGCGACUUUCAGUUUAUUUGUCAACGUUUGCGGGGUUUGGCACUUUCUCAGUCCACUCUUCCCAAAGCGGACCCUAGAAUGGAAAAAGCUGCAGCACUUGGGGUUGAUGCCCCUCCAGAUGAACUUAAGAAAGUUAUCGCACAAGUUGCAGUAAACAUUAACGAGCUUUAUGUUUUGAAGUCAUCCCCAGAGCACCCAGAACUUGACCCGUUGAGGGAAGUUGUUAUUAACCUUCUAAUAGGUAAAGGACCCAAUGCAACACUUAAGAGGGCCGAAAUAUUUCAAGCUGCUAAGAUGGCUCUGAAGAGAGACAUUUCAAAUGCUGAAUAUACAAAGGUCAUGAACGAUCUCUGCGAAUCCAAGGGUUCUUUCUGGUUUCUGAAAAGCAGCAACGUAUAAUUCACACGAUCAGAACAAUUGAGUGGCGCAAGACAUGCUUCAGCACCCGGGAGAGACUAUGUGUAUAUCAUGAGUUACUGACAAGGCGUUACUUUGGGCCGAACCAUCAAAUUUUGUGGGGGCAAGAUGAAUACAACGACUCUCUGAUGCAAACCGGGUAACAUCGGCAUUUUUCAUAGUGCUCUGUUGGUGUCCUAUGAGUGUCUGCUUCUGUUUCCUCCUGCUCGGGCAGCAUUUUGAAGCUCUCAUGAGGUAUUUUCAUUUUCAUGCAACACCUGUGAUUGCUUGGUGUCAGCCUUCAGGUGCUUAUGGGCUGCACGAGACCAGAAGGACAAGCGAAGACGAGGGCAAAGGCUUGGUUCGUCUCUUCAGCUUAGAGAGGUUCUCUUUUCAUUGUGAUACAUGAAGUAAUGAUAAACUACGUGCCAAAACCAUUGGUAGAUUCAAUAGUGAAUUGAUUGAUGAAUACAUCCCGAGUUCGAUUCUAA